UUUUAAAAUAGCUAUUAAGUUAAGUGCAAUUACUUUAAAAGGAGUAUAUUUUAAUUACAAUAUAUUAGCAUAAUGUUAACUAUUCAGACUUUGAAAAUAUGUGACGGUAUAGUUUUGAAAAAAUCAAACUUUCACCGGAAUUUCAGCAAGAAAGUGAAAAAUGUAAAGGAUUUCAACUAUCAAUAUCUCCAAAAAAGUAAAGUGCCGACUAUGCACUUUCAGAAGUCUCUACCUCGUUUGCCCAUACCAGAAUUGAGCAAGAGCAAAGAUCGCUUUUUGAAUGCUGUGCGACCUCUCAUGAACUCCGAUGAAUAUGCGAAGACUAUUCAAAUCGUGAAUAGCUUUGCUGACAAAGAGGGUAAAACUUUACAAGAAACAUUGAUAGCUAAAGAUAAAGCGAACAAACAUACCAGCUACAUAUCAGACUAUUGGUUCGAUUUGUACCUCAGGGACAGAGUGGCCUUGCCUAUUAACUACAAUCCACUUUUGGUCGUGCAAAAUGACACGAGACCCGAAUACAAUAAUCAACUUCUGAGAGCUUCUAAUUUGUUAGUGACUUCUUUAAGGUUUAUGCUUUCCCUUAGAGCUCAGUUGCUUAUCCCUGAGGUGUAUCAUUUAAAUCCCAAAAAGAGUAACACACCUUCAUUUUGGAAUGUAACUGGCUUCCUUCCUGAAAGUUUAUCAUGGUAUGGCGCCUACUUAUUCAAAGCUUUCCCAUUGGAUAUGAGUCAGUUUCCUGGACUAUUUAAUGCAUCUAGAAUACCAAAGAUCAAUAAAGAUGUUAUCUUCAGAGACCCAAAAUCGAAUCAUAUACUGAUACAAAAAAAUGGCAAUUUCUAUGUAUUUGAUGUAUUAGACUCUGAUGGAAACCUGCUUGCACCAACUGAGAUACUGGGUAACAUGGCUAAAAUUAUGAAUGAUAAUUCACCAAAAGCUGAAUUUCCUUUAGGAGUUUUGACUUGCCAGAACCGCAAUGAAUGGGCAAAACAGCGUGCACAUUUAGAAGAAACUGGCAAUGCUGAAGCAUUGAAGCUGAUUGAUUCAGCCAUAUUUAAUUUAGUUCUGGAUGAUGAGACAAUGGGGGACGACAAACAUAAACUUCUGAAACAUUACUUGCAUGGUGAUGGAGCUAAUAGAUGGUUUGAUAAAUCUAUCAGUUUAAUUGUGACCAAAGAUGGUGUGUCAGGUGUUAACUUUGAGCACUCUUGGGGAGACGGAGUCGCUGUUCUGAGGUACAUAGAAGACAUCUACGCAGAAACUGUCAAGAAGCCAUUUCUAACUCCAGAAUGUAAACCAUCUGAUAAAAAUAUAAGUGUCAAGAAGAUGGAAUUCAAAUUAGAUGAUAAAGCGAAACAUUUUGUCCAAAAAGCUACUAAGGAGUACAGUGAUUUUUACAACUCAUUAAGCAUAGAUUAUAUUUUAUACGAAGGACUAAACAAGGAUAGAAUAAAGAAGUUUAAAGUCAGUGGCGACUGUAUAAUGCAACUUGGUUUUCAGGCAGCUUAUCACCUCCUUUAUGGCAAAUACGUGGGCACAUACGAAUCAUGUAGCACGUCGGCAUUUAAACACGGCAGGACAGAAACAAUGCGGCCUUGCACAGAUAAGACAAAGGCAUUCUGUGAUGGACUUCAUACUAAAAGCAAAGCAGAGCUCCGUGCGCUGAUGCAGGAAUGUACUACUUACCAUUCAAUGUUGGUAAAAGAAGCGGCAAUGGGCCAAGGAUUUGACCGUCAUUUGUUUGCGCUGAUGAAAAUAGCUGAAGAUCACAAUUUACCCCGUCCAGAGCUCUUUGACUCAUACGCUUACAAGUACCUGAAUAAAUCUAUAUUGAGUACCAGUACAUUAUCCAGCCCAAAUAUGAUGGGUGGAGGAUUUGGUCCCGUCACCAAAGAAGGUUUUGGAAUUGCAUAUUCGGUGUUUCCCGACAAGGUAGGCGCGGCUGUAAUAAGCUACAAAGACCACAACAACAGCACACAUUUCGUGGAGGCCUUGAACAAAAUAUUUGUUGACAUAACAAACCUAUUGUCUGGAGAAUAGUUUUAUAUUGAUCUAAUAAGUAUAACAUAGAAACAUUUUACCUUUAAAGCAGUGGUACUUUUUUAAACACUAUUUGAACUUGGUGUCGCGGGCUGCAACGGACAUUAUUUAGGGUUAAAAAAAUAAUGUUCUUUAAAAUUUGCGAUUUGAAAGUGGAAAAAAAUUCACGAUUUUCACGACGACUUGCCGACGCCGACACCGGCAAAAUUGCACAAUUUUUCCGGUGGGCAUGAAAUUCUAAAUGGUAUAUUUAUACGCGGGCCACUGAUAAAGUCCCUGCAGGCUGCAUGUUGAGUAUAAUAGCUAGCUGCUUUAAAGUGUUAAUUUUUAUAAUAAAACAACAAAAAUAUUUAUUAUAUUUGCAUUUAUGAUUUACUUAAUAUACAAUGUACAACACACACGAAAGUAAAAUCUUAUUAAUGAUGUAAUUUUAUAAAAAAUAUAUAUGUUACAAAAGUAAGUGAUAAUACUUUAGGGUAUGUGUAUUGUGUAGCGCCCCAGCAUCACGAGAUAAUCCCCUUCCAAAGGAGAAAAAAAAAUUUGGUCUUUCAGCACUGCUAUUUUCACAGUGAACUCUC